CGGGGAGAUGAACGCGCAGCUGGACGGCCUGUCGGUGAGCUCGUCCUCCACCGGCUCGCUGGGCUCCGCGGCCGGGGCGGGCGGCGGCGGCGGGGGCGCGGGGCUGCGACUGCUGUCUGCCAACGUGCGCCAGCUGCACCAGGCGCUGACGGCGCUGCUGAGCGAGGCGGAGCGGGAGCAGUUCACGCACUGUCUGAACGCCUACCACGCGCGCCGCAACGUCUUCGACCUGGUGCGCACCCUGCGCGUGCUGCUGGACAGCCCGGUCAAGCGGCGUCUGCUGCCCAUGCUGCGGCUGGUCAUCCCGCGCUCUGACCAGCUGCUCUUCGACCAAUACACUGCCGAGGGUCUCUACCUGCCCGCCACCUCCUCCUACAGGCAACCCACCUGGGGCGGCCCCGACGGCGCGGGGCCCGGGGAGGUGCGCCUAGUGAGCCUGCGGCGCGCCAAGGCCCACGAGGGCUUGGGCUUCAGCAUCCGCGGGGGCUCGGAGCAUGGCGUGGGCAUCUAUGUGUCGCUGGUGGAGCCAGGCUCUCUGGCCGAGAAGGAAGGGCUGCAAGUCGGGGACCAGAUUCUGCGUGUCAACGACAAAUCCCUGGCCCGGGUGACCCACGCUGAGGCCGUCAAGGCUCUCAAGGGCUCCAAGAAGCUGGUGCUGUCGGUGUACUCAACGGGGCGCAUCCCUGGCGGCUACGUCACCAACCAUAUCUACACCUGGGUAGACCCCCAAGGCCGCAGCAUCUCUCCGCCCUCGGGCCUGCCCCAACCCCAUGGCAGCACCCUACAGCAGCACGAGGGUGACCGGAGGAGCACCCUACACCUCCUGCAAGGCGGGGAUGAGAAGAAGGUGAACCUGGUGCUGGGGGAUGGCCGGUCCCUGGGCCUCACCAUCCGUGGGGGAGCCGAGUACGGCCUGGGCAUUUACAUCACUGGCGUGGACCCGGGCUCUGAAGCGGAAAGCAGCGGGCUCAAGGUUGGGGACCAGAUUCUGGAGGUGAAUGGGCAGAGCUUUCUCAACAUCCUGCACGACGAAGCGGUCAGGUUGCUCAAGUCAUCCCAGCACCUCAUCCUGACGGUGAAGGAUGUCGGGAGGCUGCCCCGUGCCCGAACCACCGUGGACAAGACCAAGUGGAUUGCCAGUUCCCGGAUCGGGGACACCGCCACGAACUCAACAGGCUUUCCUGGGGAUCUCACAGCAGAGGGGACCAGCAAGCUGGGGUUUUACAAGGGGCCGGCCGGCUCCCAGGUGACCCUGAGCAGCCUGGGGAACCAGACGCGGGUGCUGCUGGAGGCGCAGGCACGGCACCUGCUGAGCGCGCGGGAGCAUGCCACCAUGGCCUACUACCUGGAGGAGUACCGCGGCGGCAGCGUGUCCGUGGACGCCCUCGUCAUGGCCCUGUUUGAGCUGCUCAACACCCAUGCCAAGUUCUUGCUCCUGUCUGAGGUGAGAGGUACCAUCUCCCCGCAAGACCUGGACCGCUUCGACCACCUGGUGCUGAGGCGGGAGAUCGAGUCAAUGAAGGCACGGCAGCCCCCCAGCCCUGUGGCCGGGGACACCUACUCCAUGGUCUCCUGCAGCGACACAGGCUCGUCCACGGGCAGCCACGGCACCUCCACCACUGUCAGCUCAGCCAGGGAGCGGCUGCUGUGGCUUAUAGACCUGAUGGAGAACACUCUGGACCUGGAGGAGACUGGGGAGGCCGUCCAGGGCAAUAUGAACACCCUCUCAGACGUUUCCCUGGAUGAUGUCAAGUCCACCUCCAAGGGACUGCCUAGCUACAAGCCACCGCCUCCCCCAUCACCUUUGCCCCAAGGCCACGACCACCUGAUCACCCAGACGAGGAAGCCGGGCAGAGAGGACCUCCAGCCGCCUUCCUCCGUGUCUUCCCACGCGGGCAUCGUCUUCUCUGCUCCGCGGAACCGCAGCCCGCCGGCGGGCACCUCCCCCACCCCAGAGGCCUCCUCAACACAGGACUCGCCCUCCUCCCCCAUCUACGCCUCCAUCUCCCCGGCCAACCCCGGCUCCAAGAGGCCGCUGGACGCCCAUCUGGCCCUGGUCAACCAGCACCCCAUUGGCCCCUUCCCGCGGGUCCAGUCACCCCCGCACCUGAAAAGCCCCCCUGCAGAGGCCACGCUGGCGGGGGGCAGCCUUCCACCACCCUCCCCCUCCGGCCACCCAGACCAGACGGGCACGAACCAGCACUUUGUCAUGGUGGAGGUGCACCGCCCAGACAGCGAGCCCGACGUGAAUGAAGUGAGGGCGCUGCCCCAGACACGCACAGCCUCCACACUCUCCCAGCUCUCGGACAGCGGGCAGACCCUGAGCGAGGACAGUGGCGUGGACGCCGGCGAGGCAGAAGCCAGCGCCCCGGGCCGAGGCAGACAGGUGGUGUCCACCAAGAGUAGGAGUAGCAAGGAGACGCCUCGGAACGAGAGGACCACCGAGGGGGCCGCCAAACCGCCCGGACUCCUGGAGCCCACCUCCACCCUGGUCCGCGUGAAGAAAAGUGCAGCCACCCUGGGCAUCGCCAUCGAGGGCGGCGCCAACACCCGCCAGCCCCUGCCUAGGAUCGUCACGAUUCAGCGAGGCGGCUCAGCCCACAACUGCGGGCAGCUCAAGGUGGGCCACGUGAUCCUGGAAGUGAACGGGGUGACGCUUCGGGGCAAGGAGCACCGCGAGGCCGCGCGCAUCAUCGCAGAGGCCUUCAAGAGCAAGGAGCGUGACUACAUCGACUUCCUGGUCACCGAGUUCAAUGUGAUGCUCUAGGGGCCAAGGCCCGAGGGCCUCCCACCACUGCCCAGCCCCUGGCCCUGGUCCUUCCUCCCUCCUGGCACUACUGAGCUCCUUCAGGGGCCGGGGCUGCAUGGCCAGGGUAGCAGGAAGACAUCCCUCCACUCCUUCCUGGCCCACUGGACCAGAACCGGGAAAAAACAGCUGGGCAAGGCAAAGAGAAGGUCAGGUCGGGGUCUGGUGCAAUGCCCAGUACACAGUAAGCACUCAGUAUAAGCAUGAGACCUCAGGAAGGGAAGAAACUAAGGGGAAGGGCAGAGCGCCUGUGUCUUCACCUGAGGCCUCCCAGGGCCUGGAACUCUGGGUUGCGUGGAGGCCCUGCUGCUCCCCGGCCAGCUAGGACCUGGCCCAUCCCCAGAUGCCCGAGCUUUUGUCUGGAGUGAAGUGACGUGAGAAUUCGUAGACACAGCCCCCAGCCAGGGCAGCAUCUUGCAGGACCUUCAGUGCCACAAAUAAGUAUCGAGCACCCCCCAUUCACACCCCGUUCCUCCUAGCUCCUCAUUCUCCAUAGUAUUUAUUAUUUAUUUCCAUCCCACACCCCUGGGUACCCCGGGACCCCAGCUUCCCACCACACCCCUAGCCUAUCCCAGAGGCCUUGCAGGUGACCAGCGUCGUCAGUGUAUUUAUAUACAGAGCUUAUGACUUUAAUUUUUCAAUAAAGAGAUCUGAACAAGA